UGAAAGUCAAAUGCGUCUCACGCAGCAACAUGGCGGCUUUUGCGAGGUGUAGAGUUUUGUUUCAGCUUAUACGACCCCAAACGAGUAUUAUCGACGGCGUGUCCAGAUCGCAAGAUGUUUUGCAUUCAUUAAUAUCAAAGAGGGCGCAUUGCGUGCGUCACGCGACCUUUGUUGGAAUCCGACAGUACAGCUCCGACGUUAAGUCUGGAGAUGACCUAAUCGUUAGAUACUUGGACGGUGAUGACUCAGGAAUUGUUGUUUUCGGGAUCAAUCGUCCGAAGGCAAAAAAUGCCAUCAGCAAAAACCUUGUUAAAAUGAUGUCUGAAGCCAUGGAGUCAAUAAAGAAGAACAACAAAGUGCGUUCCGUCAUCUUAUGCAGUGUGGUGCCUGGAAUAUUCUGUGCAGGUGCAGACCUGAAAGAACGAGCAAAAAUGCACCAAAGUGAAGUAGGACCAUUUGUGACAAAGGCAAGAACACUUAUUACAGAACUAGGUAAUCUGCCCAUGCCAACAAUUGCAGCCAUUGAUGGGGCGGCUCUUGGAGGCGGUCUUGAGAUGGCGCUUGCCUGUGACAUCAGAGUUGCAGCCACCUCUGCUAAGAUGGGACUGGUUGAGACGAAACUAGCCAUUAUUCCUGGUGCAGGGGGAACUCAGCGCCUGCCACGAACUAUCGGAGUGUCUGUCGCAAAAGAGCUGAUAUUUGCGGCACGGGUACUGGAUGGCAUGGAAGCAAAGAGUUUUGGUCUUGUGAAUCAUGCUGUAGAGCAGAAUCAGAGCGGAGAUGCUGCAUACUUACGAGCGCUGGAUCUGGCUCGGGAAUUCAACCCUCAGGGACCGAUUGCAAUCAGAAUGGCAAAGCUGGCAAUCAACCAGGGUAUAGAGGUGGAUUUAACAACAGGAUUAGCUAUCGAAGAGGCAUGUUAUGCACAGGUGAUCCCAACAAAAGACAGACUGGAAGGUUUGGCAGCAUUUAAAGACAAACGGCCUCCUCGCUACAAGGGCGAGUAAUGCUGGCCUAUCGAGUGCAAUUACAAGCUGCUGCCUUCAAAAUUGCCUUUCACUCGUUGAGUCUCAAAGUAUGUCGCAUACCUGAAAUAGUUGGAGUGCUGCCGAGUCCCUGGGUAAUGGUAAAACCUGUAGGGAUUUCAGUUCAAAUUGUGAAUCGCAAGCUUUAAAGUUUUCUUUGUGAAUCAAGUUUUUUUUCACUUGGUAUGUCCAUUUCUUUUUUUAAUGUGUGUGUAAACUUUUACAUUUAUGUUAAAUGUGGUAAGUCUUUGGUUAUUCACACAUUAGAUGAACUAAUGCAAAAUGCACAUCAAACUAAUACUAAAUGACAAAUAAAAGUGUAUGUUGUUAUAUAUGAGCAUGACAAUAUAUCAAGAACAGCGCUUCAAGUAACUUACCUGUCAGCACUGAUAUUGUUCAUCACAGUUAAUUUCACUGCAAAUUAUAUACAGUAUAGUUGUAUAUGUAGUUCAAUCAACAACUAGCUGGUUUUUGCUGUAAGGAUAAUUUCUCAAUCUAAUUCAAUGUGUAUAGAAAUGAGCACUGGCCAGUUUUUAGAAGAAAAAAGUGAACUGCUGAAAUGAAUAUUUGUAACGUAUGCAAUAAAGCCUUAAAGCAUA